CGCGCGCACGGACCGUACGUAUUCAAAGUGUGAAGGAUAGGAACUGCGAUGGCGAAUCCAAUCGUAGAGAACGCGAACUAUCUCAAUCGGGCCAUUUUAACGACUCAAAAAUUGAGAAUUAGCGUAUCUAAAACAUUCAAUCACAUGAAAGAUGGCAUUAAGGUGUCGAAAGAUGAGCAUGGAGCCCCAAAGUCAUUUGCUUCGCAACUCCAAGAGGAUCUUUUCCUCAUAAACGAAAGCUUUGUAGAGUUGGAGAAGCUGACAAAUGCUGUGAGAAGACAGAGAGAGGCGGAGACUAUUGGGAACACAGGAUCACUCAGUAUGGAUCCAAUCACAGACAAGACCCCUCUCUAUCCAAAGGCUCUAGAGACCUACAAAUGGGCAACAAGGCUUAGGGAGCAUUCCACCUUCGCCCAUACAUUCCUCAAUAGCAGUUCUAUCAAGAGAUCCUCAGGGAGCGGAGGAAGUCCAGCUAAGAGAAGGAAAACAGCCCCUACCAAUCUAAAUAUAUCGACACAAGCUGUAGACAAUCUUGUCAUGAAUGUAAACCGUCAAUUCCAUGAGGUGAAAAUCACCAAAAUACAACUCAACCCAACAGUAUUGCAGGUCUAUGUAAGCAGAACAUUACAAGCCAUUAUUGUCCUUCGAGGUCUGCUCAUAGAAAGGGUACUGAUCAGAGCUCACAAUGAAAAUACUCUCAAUGAUGAUGGGACGCUGGAUUUGUGGACACCAUCAAAAUAUGAAGUUUUCCAGAAGAUAACUGAGCAUGCGACAGCUGCUUCUUUACGAUAUUAUCUACCCACAAUGCAAGAUCUCUCGUUCAGAUCUUUCAUGCAUUGGUUGAACAGUUUCUCUAAGCUAUUCUCCACACCAUGUAGACUAUGUGGAAAGUAUAUCAAGGACAACCUACCUCCUACCUGGCGAUGUUUCCGUACUGUGGAACCCUACCAUGAAUGCUGUCGUCCAUGAAUGUGCGAACAAUCCUCUCACUAUCUUGUUGCAAGAUGUUUAUAUACUUGAACUGAUGUGAAUGGAUACAUCUGAUAUGAAUGGAUACAUUCACAUUCAAUCAUAUCAGAACAUUUCCAGCCAAUUCGUAACUAAUAUGGCAUACUUCAGAGCUGGCACCUGUGAAUGUUCUUCUGAUGAAUGUCUCCAUAUAAGUGACAUUCGUUGUCACCAUUUUCAUCAUUGUCAUCGUUAUCAUUGUCAUCAGACUUGUCAU